AUGAAGAAAAACGUUUUGUUGGAGACUCGUUAUCUUGGCUCCGCUGUGCUUUCUUCCGUUCCCUCAUCUCAGGAUCAUUUGGCUGGAAUCCAUACCGCCCUCACUUGGAGUAGUAGGCAGGCCCGUCAUUUCCUCAAUAAUUGCGGAAUACACGACAGAUCUACAACAUGUCGAUGGAUCUUCAACGUCAUUCGAUUCGCCAAUGACCCUUGUGCAGGAACAGGCAACAGAAAUGGCACUUGCUACACAGAGGUGGAGUGUUUCAAUAGAAAAGGAGUUCCGGCCGGAACUUGUGCAUCAGGAUACGGAGUUUGCUGCACAUUUUCGGCCUCUUGUGGACAAACUUCAAACGAGAAUUGUACUUACUUUGACUCAGGAAACGUACCGGCCGGAGCUUGUCGAGUGAGAAUUUGCCGAUGCGAUGACAAUGUGUGCCAGCUUCGGUUGGACUUCAACAGUUUCGUGAUUGCCGGACCGUCAACAUCGACUAUUACAAUUGGCAAACAAACUAAUGGUAUUAUUAUCGUGGCGGGAAAGCCAGUAAAUCCUGCCACGCAAUGUUUGGUGGACAGAUUUUCAGUAACCAAUCCUGGAAGUUCAACUCCCCCCACUAUUUGUGGAACCAACACUGGCGAGCACAUGUAUGUUGAUGCCAAUGAGGCUUGUAAUGAGCUUGCAUUCCAAUUAGGAUCAUCAUCAUCCGUGAAUCGACAAUGGUCCAUUAAGGUCACUCAAUAUUCCUGCGAUUACGACAAUUUGGCUCCUCAAGGAUGCACCAAUAUUAUUUUGGGAACAAUGCAGGCGUGGUCAAAACCUCUCAAAUUUUGAUGGAGGUGUUCACUUGGCCAAUCAAGAAACAAA